GGCGCGGCGGGGCAGCGGCUGCCCGGGCGGCGGUGGGCUCAGCAGCCCCCGGAGCAUGUGGUGCGCAUCCCCUGGGCCCUGCGGCAGCGCCUGGAGAAGCGGCGGAAGGCAAGGCGGCCCGGGGAGGCGGCGGUGCCCUCCGGUAAGCUGCUGCUGCGCAGCCGGCGGCCGGAGCUGAGCCAGCCCCGCUGGCAGAUCGUGGGGCGCUGGGAGCGGCCGCGGCUGGUGUCGGCGGGCUGGAAGCACCGAGAGGCGUGCGGGGAUUACUUCCAGCUGGAGCCUUCUCAGGAGGCUGCCCCCGCUUUGAAGGCUCCGCCGGCUCCUCAGGGCCAGUCCUUCGCCGAGCUGGGGCUGCAGCCGGUGCUGCUGGCCGCCCUGCAGCGCCUGGAGGUCGGCCGCCCCACGGCGGUGCAGCGUCUCGCCAUCCCCGCCCUGCUCCGCGGCCGCAGCGCCCUGUGCGCCGCCGAGACGGGCAGCGGCAAGACGCUGGCUUACCUGCUGCCGCUGCUCGACCGCCUGCUCGCCCGGCCCGAGGAGAAAGAGGAGGAGAAAGAGGAGGAGAAAAAGCUGGCGGCGCCCCGCGGGCUGGUGGUGGUGCCGUCGCGGGAGCUGGCGGCGCAGGUGGGCGCGGUGGCGGCGGCGCUGUGCCGGCCGGCGGGGCUGCGGCUGCGGGGGCUGACGGGCGGCGGCGCCUCGGGAGGGCUGAGGCGGCAGCUGAGGGGGCCGGGGGUCGCCGUGCUGCUGGGCACCCCCGGGGCGCUGCGGGAUGCGCUGCGGAGGAGGUUCCUGAGCCUCGGGAGGCUGCGGUGGAUGGUGCUGGACGAGGCGGACACGCUGAUGGACGAGUCCUUCGCGGCGCCCAUCGAGGAGAUCCUGGCGCACGCCCCGCUCGCUGCUGGGGCCCCUGGGCCGGCUGGGCCCCGUGAGGAGGGGACGCAGAUGGUGGUGGUGGGAGCCACCUUCCCCGCUGGGCUGAGCGAGGUGCUGGGGAGGUUCGUCGAUGUGGGCCGCUUCGCCAGCCUGGCCACCCAGGGCCUGCACCGCCUGCCGCCCCACAUCCAGCAGAAAUUCGUCCGGCUGAAGGGCCAGGACAAGCUGCCUGAACUCCUGCAGCUCCUCAAGGACCACCCGGCGUCCGGUGGGGCCGUCAUCAUCUUCUGCAACAGCGCCAGCACCGUCAACUGGCUGGGCUACAUCCUGGAUGACCACAAAAUCAAGCACCUGAGGUUGCAGGGGCAGAUGUCAGCCGUUGCCAGAGCCGGCAUCUUUGCCUCCUUUCAGAAGGGUGACGUUUCUGUCCUUGUCUGCACUGACCUGGCCUCCCGGGGGCUGGACACCAGCAGCGUGCAGCUAGUGGUCAACUACGACUUCCCAGACACUCUGCAGGACUACCUGCACCGCGUGGGGCGGGUUGGACGCGUCGGAAGCAAGACCCCUGGAGCUGUGGUUAGCUUUGUCACCCAUAAGUGGGAUGUGGACCUGGUGCGGAAAAUCGAGACUGCAGCCCGGAAAAGGACAGGUCUCCCAGGCAUGGACUCCUCUAUUAAUGAGCCUCCGCCUAAAGCAGAUUGAUUUGUGUUGCCAGGCAGUAAUAAAUGGCCUGGCAGGGUCUAAGCUUGAAGCCAUUAAGGCAGAGCAUAUGAGCUCAAGUGUGUGAGCUCCACUGAAACAGUAUAGAAUUGAGGUUCAUAACCAGGUGAUGGGGUUAAUUUUGUGCACUGUUCUGGAAGCUGCGAUAAUCACUUCCAAAGGCGUCACAACUCACAGCUUCCCAAAAGGAGGUUAAUAAGUGAAUAAUAAAAUGCCUUUGGAGAAGACCCAAGAAUUCUGUCAUCUGUUGCAUUUGCUUAAUUGUGUUGAGACUUUUAACUUAAAUUCAAAUCAGAGUGAAUGUAUGCCUUCCCACCAACAGCAGUUAAACAGUAUUAUUCAAUUUUAAGAAUGUCUACUGGCAGAAGAAAAAAAAAGAAUGUUUUCCUAACUUUGUUGUAACUUUGACCCAAUUUUAGCCAUGUGUGGAAAGACUAAAUGGUAAAUCACAUUAAACUUUCUUGUAGCAUUUGAUUCAGAGAAUUCUAGACCAAAUAUCUGUAAAGACAGGUGGGAGUGAGAAGGUACGAUAAAACUCAAGGCUUUUUCAAGCUUUUAUUUAUCAUCUUACAGUUGCCUUUCAGUGGGAACAGACAUCUGUGCUGUUUCAUUGUAUUAAAGAAAAAAGCAUCAUGUUUUCUGCUUGUUUUUCAUGCGGGCUCUAGUGAUGUCUGCUGUCUGUACUGCAUUAAAAAGAAAAAGUAAAUGUCUCCUGUGGCAAGGAAAGAAAGUGUUUUGACUCACAAGUUCUAUCAUAACAGAACAGGUGCAUAAGGUUUCUUUUGAGUAUCAUGUCAUUGUUCUCUUCUGCUUUAAAGCAAAAGGAUUAAAAUGAGGCUGAGGUUAUUCCAUAUCUAGCUGCUAGCUGGUAUCCAUGGUAAAUAAUCACACAAAAAGAGUAUUUUAGCUCUGAUUUAUGUUGCGGUGACUUAUCACAGCUUCUUCUUUUACUGGAUGUUUUUUCCUCACACCGUCCACUUUUUCAACCUGUGCUAAAACUCAGUAUGCAGGAAUAGAAAGCUGUUAGAAGAUUGCAGCAGAAUAUCUCUAAAUCAUUGGUUUCAAAGCAAAUAAGGCACUGGAGCUACUUGCAUUGUGAGUAGGAGAGUAAAAAGCAUAGAAACAAAACUAGAAAUUGUGCGCAUGUAUUCUGUUCAAUUCCACAGCUAAAGGGCUCUUAGGAGAAGUUACAAACUAUAGUAAAGUUACUUUAUUCAGUGGAAAGCUUUCAACUUUCUAAAUUAGGUGUAAAAACAUUCAUAUUUUUGACCCAUUCAUUGCAUAGACUACUUGCCUAAUAUCUGAAGUUCAUUCAAUUGCAAAUCAUGCAUUUCAUGCAACCACAAGCAGAAGUAUACUUAGUAUGAGCAGUAAGGUAAAUACUUAAACAGAAAUUUAGGGGUAGUGUGUAGUAUAAUUUACAGAAAAUCCUAUUUCCAUUUGAUGCAUCUAGGCUUUAUGAGAUUUUCUGAACUGGUGAGAAAUAGCUAAAUAGCUUCCUUCAACUGUGGACACAAUAGUUAUCUUAAAUGAAGUAAACUGUAUUAAACUCCAAGGGUAAAAAAAAAAAAAAAAAAAAAAAAGUAAUAUUUGCUUGCUUGCUUUCAGGCUGACUGCAUUUCAAGUGUCAUAUAAUAUGAAUUUGAUGUAAGACAAGGCAGUUUUCAAAUCCAUAGUACCUCACCAUUUUAGCAUAAAUACCGAGUUACUAUCUAUUCCAUUGAGUGUCUUCCUCUUAUCAGGCAGCUGGUGAUGCCAACUGUGAUUCUCUGUUCAAUACACAGAGUUGCCCUUUUAAGUUGGAGUGAAGUUUUUUGCUUAGGAGUUUGGGUGUCAGACUCCCUGGACCCAUGUUCUCACAAAUACACAAGACUAAAUCAAACAAUUAGGGCUAAAUUUUCGUAACUGUUGUAGAUAUGUGCUAUAAUUCUUUAGCUGGAAACUGUUAGUAGCAGAGCAAAUAGUGUGACUGAUUUUAAGUCAUGCAGCCUUUUUGGAGUUUAUGUUUGAUUCCUGCAGGAAAACAGUUCCGAAGAAGUUAAAUGAUGUCACGUAAACAUAACCUCUGACUCAGGAUCCACAGUCAAAACUGUCUGGCAAUGUUCAUUCAUAAUUAAUGCAUCCACUUAUUUUUUAUUGGUAACUAAGUGGCACUGGUGAUAAGAAAGUAUAUUUUUUCCUGAGUUAAAAUGUGGGAAAGGAAGAUGGGAGGAAGGUUGAUUUCUGAUCAAUUCACCAUAAAAUCAGCUUAUAAAAGCUAAUGGUAGUAUUACUGAGGUAUUAAAUAUACAUGUUAAAAAAUGAAUGAUCGGUGUACUAUAUAUGUUAUAAAAAAUUAAUUAUAUAUCCUCUAAUGGCCAUAACAAAAGACAUUGAAGAUGUUCUACAAGGUUACAUUUGCAUAUUCUUGUUAAGGUUUUUAGAUGUAUAAUUUUAGGGUAACUUCUAUAACCCACUUUUAAAAAUUCUGCAACAGUCUGUGAAUCUGGAAUAUUAUUACAGUGAGUCCCAUGCCAGGUCAUUCUGGAUUGAAGCACACAAUAGAAAAUCAAAUUAAACAACACAGUGAAAUUAUAAAGGUCUUUCAGCUAUAUGCUUCUUAAAUUUGGAGUAACAUGCACUUUAUAUAUUUACAAGCAGUAACUUUAAACUCAGCGCAAAUGCUCUGAACUGAUUGUUGCUAGGGCACUGUUGAUCAAAACAGUUUAUCAAAAAAAUAAAAGACAUUUUGACAUUUGUAUACUAAAGUGGCCAAUAAAAAGCUUUGGGUAGAUAUGCUCAGAGAACACAAACAUUUACCAAUAAAGCCUUUUGUAAACAUUACUUUCAAAUAAAACUGCAGUUCUUUUAAGCGUA